GUUAGCUCUUUGCAUCAUCACUUUGAGCUAUAAAAUCAACACUGAAGAUUCCCCCUCUUUUCUUCCAGGGCACCAGCGCAUCACAUCCAUCGCCGGGAAGGGCACAAGUAGUGCACAAGAACCAUAUCCAUUCACGGCUGGUAAUCGCCACCAACCGUUGCCGCCUACACAAGAGAAAAGCAACUUGUCGCACAUGCUGCUGCCAGUAACGUGGGCCGGCCGUUGAUAAAGCUUUUCGGAUCCCCCAAAUUGCCUGUCCGCAGCACAACCUUUGCUGCCAUCCACAACUGCGCGCCAGGCAUUUCAAUAUCUCUCACUCAUUCUGAGAGAAGCUUUGCCUUGAUCUUGGGCUCUGCUUGACCUGUCGCAGUCAUGUCCGACUCCGAGAGCGUCGACUACCUGCAAACAGGAUUUGACCCGUGGUCGUUAACCGUUCCACGAUUGCGCUCCAUCCUCGUCACGCAUAAUGUCCAAUACCCUGCGACAGCGAAGAAGCCCCAGCUCAUCGAUCUCUUCAACGAGCAGGUUGUCCCCCAGUCCAAAAAAUACUUGGCCGCGCGGGCAAGAGCGAGGAGGACCAGCAAAGGCAUCGUCGAUGCUGGUUCGCAAAGCACUGUGGAUACGGAUGACUUUGACUUGAUGCCGCCGCCAGCGUCGUCCACUAGAGCGCGCUCGCCUCGGAAAAGUACCAGAGCCAAGCGGGAGUCGGAGGAUCCGGACCACGAGCCCACACUGCCGGUUGUCCGCCAGAGCGCCCGAAAGCGACAGUCGCGGUCUGCGAGCACCCAGGCCGUUGGCGCUUCCGACACGGACACGGGCACUGAUGCGGACGGGUCAAAGUCGGCCAGGCGAAGCCGACGUACAACACCUGCAGUCAAGCUGGAGCUGCCAGAGGAAGACGAGUUUUUUAAGCGAACGCCUGAGACUGAAGCCGUAUUUACCAGUGACAACCCUUUCCAGAGUGGCAGCUCGCCGACUGCACCGGUUAAGACCCCGAGCAAUCGCAGAAAGACCACCGGACCAGAGGGCGUGAGAAUGAAGACUCCGUCUGCCGGGCGGCGACGGACAGAUGGCCCUACUAUUGAGGAGCCAACCGGGUCAGGUUUCUCCCGAUCUUUUGAAAUUCCUGUCGCGAGGCUCGGCACCCCAAAGACACCACCGGAUCGCACAAUAGUCGAAGCCGGCGAGGAGUUCACGCCAGAGGCACAACUGGAACUUGAACAAGAGGAGGCCGAAAAUCCCCAGCGUGCGGUCGCUGCGCGUCAGAAGCUCCAGGCUCCCAGCCGGAGACUAAAUCUGACGACUCCCAUUUGGGUUCUCGCCAUCACUCUCUUCGGCGCGUAUGCUGCUUGGUACAGACAAGAGAAGAUUGCCGUGGGUUAUUGUGGACUCGGAAGGCCGGCGACGCAGAUCAUACCAGAUACCGUCCAGCUUCCAGAAUGGGCAACCGCUCUGGUAGAGCCGCAGUGCGAGCCCUGCCCGCCACAUGCCUACUGCUAUGAGGACUUUAGCGUCCGAUGUGAGCAGGAUUUCAUAUUGAAGCCGCACCCUCUCGCUCUCCGCGGUCUGGUGCCGCUCCCGCCGACUUGUGAACCCGAUGGAGAGAAAGUCCGUCGUGUCCAGGCGGUUGCCGACAAGGCGGUGGAAGAGCUGCGGGACCGGAGAGCCCAGUAUGAAUGUGGAGAGCUUGUGAACGAGGAGGGCCAGCAGCUUGAAAACCCUGCAAUUGGUGAACAGGAGCUCAAGGAAACCAUCAGUCAGAGACGGAGCAAGCGGAUGAAUGCUGAUGAGUUCGAUGACCUGUGGCUGGCUGCUAUUGGAGAAGUCAAAGCGAGAGACGAGGUUGAGGUCGUCGUCGAAGAACCAACCGGAGAUACCGGAGGUUUUCCAACCACCCGCUUAUCGUCCACCUCUCUCGCUCGCCUUCCGUUCACCUGCGCGAUCCGACGCUCGGUCAGACUCGCCCUGGCUCGACAUCGACUCAGCAUUGGUGGACUAAUCUUUGCGCUCCUCUCGGCACUGUAUGGGCGCAACCGCUACCGGGCCCAUCGCGCCACCUCAGCGCAGAUUCCGGGACUGGUGGAUCUGGUGCUUGAGCGCCUGGCGGCGCAGAAGGAGCUGGCCUUUGAGGACGGCGACGACGAUGCCUUCCUCUUCCUUCCCAACCUCAGAGAUGACGUCCUGAGGUCUAUGCACUCACUUGCCCAACGCGAUCGCGUCUGGCAGCGUGUGCGUGCCGUGAUGGAGCAGAACAGCAACGUCCGGACUGGCCAGCGGGAGGGUCGCAACGGAGAGGUCGGUCUCGCAUGGGAGUGGAUCGGCCCGACCAGUGCUGCGGCCAUUGAGAGCAGCGGGAGGCGUCGGAAGAGCGGAAGGGUGUCGUGGGGCCCGGACGUGAAGGGAGUCGGAGAUGAGGUAGAUCUGGCGCCCGGGAAGACCGAAGCGAAGCCUGGCUUGCACCGCAAAUGGGAGGAAAGCCGACCUAUUUACUAGGUUUGACGCCCUGGAAUUUUUCCUAUUCGGGCAAGCAUUGAGGGCUAGGGGUCCCUUUCGAGACUUACGACAUUGUUUAAUCUUCUAUGUAAAUAAUCGGGUGUUGUCUUUUAUUCUUCCCUGAUCCUGUACUUCUUAUCAGACUCACCCAUGCUCACUACCAUGAUGCUAUCUCCUUCCGUCCCUCCCUCCCUCUCUCUCUCCCUCUAUCCUGGUAUACGGUUUUUAGGUGGGGGACGCAACCGGCGUUUCGUGGUUUUGCUAUUGGGGAGAACAGGAUUAGCUGCAGGAGGAAUCCGCCCCUUAGCUACGUUCGCUUGCUUGGGUGGUAUACGCGAUAGCAAUUAAUGCAAUAUCAAAUGUUCAGUUGAAAAC